AUGGAAGACCUUACAAAGAUUAUUUUUAAACAGACUUUACUAAAAGACAUACAUUUGCAAAUGAUAUUUCUGCUCUCUUUUAACAGAUUUGGACCUUUAAUACGAAGUUGGUGUAUGCGGUAUGAAGCCAAGCACCACUAUUUUAAAAGGUUGGCUAUUGUUCUUGGAAAUUUCAUUAACAUCUCAUAUUCACUGGCAAAAAGACACCAAGAGGGAGUUUGCUAUCGGCUUCAAUCCGCAGAAGGUGGACAAAGUUCAUUUAUUGACAAGGGAAUAGAAACUGGUCCGGGUAAAGUAUCUCAUGUUGGUGAUUCUGACUUCUGUGAACUCAUUAAAGCAGAAGCUUGUAGCACAGAAAGAAAAACACCGUUAUAUAAAGCCAAAUGGAUAUCAAUUCACGGUACUAAAUAUAAAGUCGGAGCAGUGUUGCAUGUUGGAUUUGAUUCUGAUGAGUUCCCACAAUUUUGUGAAAUUGUUGAAAUUAAUGUUGUUAACAACAACCUGAAGAAUCCCUUGUUUGUUGUGUCAGAGAAGGAAACAGUGAGGUUUUCAGACCAUUAUCAAGCAUAUGAAAUUGCCCCCUCAGUGCAGAAAAGGAAUAAAGUGGUUUACUUCAAGGAAUUUACAUCACAUUUACCAUUAAACUUAAUCAAGCCAUUUGGACGCUGCGAAAAAUUCGUGUGUUUAAGAUACGAAAUGGUUAAUCUGUAAA